AUGGCAUCUCCCACCUACGAGGGUCCAAAGGCGCUCGGCUUCUCAAAGUACGCCAGCCCCGCUCAGAGGAAGACACAGCUUGCGGCAGCAUCUGAGGUACGCAUCUCUGCUCCUUCCACUCCAGAAACCACUGUCGCGACCAAGCAGCAGAUUGCCGCCAUGGGGUCCACACUCGAGGCGACACCGCUAGCUGCGGAGCUUGCCGUCGAGCAGGGCGCAGCCUUGAAGAAGCAGGUCGAUGAGCACAAUACCAAGUUUUCCAGAGCAGUGUCUAGCGCCGUCACGAAUACUCAUCAGCUGUUGGGCCUCCUUCGUGAGUCCACACCUGGCUCAGAAGUGGUCGACAACCUUUGGCAGGAGCUCGAACAGUUGUUCGAAGCCGCAAACAACGCCAAAGCCGCUCUGCCAGAGUUCAUAGAGAAGCAGCGUGACAAUAUGAGCCUCUACCAUUCGUCAAUGAUGAACGAGACCAUCCGUGAGACUCAAGAAGAGCUGAAUCUCCAACACAAGAAGGUCAACACACAGCACUGCCUGAUUCUUGAGCAGCAGGAUGCCUUCCAGCACUACAAGGCGCAGACUAGCUCGAAACUUAAGGAGCUGGAGGGCCUCCAAGAGCGUGUCUCACGGCUUACGCUCGAGAAGGGUAACUUUCGAUCCGAGGUCGAUAAGUAUAAGGAGCUUUUGGAGCAGGAGACCGCGAGAAAAGCUGAAGAUCUUAAGACCGCCGAUGCCUUGCAGAAGGAGCUUGAGAUGCUCGUGACUUCAAAGAAGAACCUGCAGGCGGAGAAUGAGACUCUUCGCAAGACGACCACUGACGUGCUCGAGCAGUUGAAGAACACCGAGCACAGGGUGACCGAUCGUUUCACCAAAGAGCUUCAGGCCAAGGUGGAGGAGCUGCAGAAAGAGACAGACAAGAUGACCUCGCUCAACACGCUAGUAAACACCUUGAAGAUUGGAGAGAGUACCGCCAAGAAGGAGCUCGAGAAGCUCAAGACGGAGAACCGUCACCUCAGUGACAAGUACACCAAGCAAGCCUCAGAGCAUGCGGCGGCAUUCACGAGGAUGAAUGAUCAGACCAAGAAGAUGGAAACACUCACCGCUGACGUCGACCGUCUUCAGAAGCAGGACGCCGAUCUGCAAGCCAGGGUAGAGAAAGCUGCCGAGCUUGCGAAGGCAAACACAGAACUGUCAAAAGCCAAGAAGGAUCUGAUCAAGCAGUUGGACAGCUUUGCUUCGCAACUCAACAACGCCAAAGAUGAUGCAAAGGCCGCGCAGAGUGAAGUGCAGAUGCUCAAGGCCAAGCUCGCCCCCAAGGAUGCCACACCAGUUGUCAGCAACGAAAAAGCUCUUCUGGAGAAGGUCAAGGGGCUUGAGGAGAAGAAGAACACUCUGGAGGCUGAACUCGCAGACUGGACUAAGUUGGCCAAGCGCGCUUACAAGGAGUACAAGGACAUGCUGCCCACAUACAAGGAGGCCGAGAAGCACCGACAAGAUGCUCGCGAGAAGGAACUACAGAUCACCGACCUCAAGCACCAGCUCGCUGCUGCCAAAGCCUCUCAGUCCAACGGUGUGGGCGCUGCUGGUGUGGACACUGCCUACUGGAAGCAGAAGUACGAGACGCUCUUGUCGACCAUUGGCUAG